GUGUUUCAUUGAUUACAUAGCGAUAAAAAAUUUGUCAAGAUAAAUGCACACAGUACCAGUAUAACAAAUCUACCUAUUCCAAAGUCAUGAAUUUGAAUUUGAGAUUGAUAAUUAUUGUCUGUUUGUUGCUGUAUGCUGGAAACAGAAACAAGGGGGUCUUUUCAUCUUCUGAAGCUGGAGAACCAGCUGAACAAGAUGAGUUAAUAGUAGAAUUGGAAAAUUUAGGCAACAUCCGUGGACAUAUUCUGCAAAGUGCCGAAGGAAAAAAUUUCUACGCUUUUCAGGAUAUUCCCUAUGCAGAACCUCCUAUAGGACCUAACAGAUUUAGGCCCCCCAAACCGCAUGGUGCGUGGGAAGGAGUACUGAAUGUCACAGAAAAUAAAAAAACCUGCGUACAAGUAAACGACCCAAAUUCAGUUGAGGACUGCUUGGUUUUGAAUGUAUAUACGCCAGUAAGAGCGAGUCCAGUUAUAUCAUUGCCAGUAUUCUUUUGGAUUCAUGGUGGAGCAUUCGUUAAUGGUAAUGGUUCAAUACACUCUUUCAACCCAAAGUUUUUGAUAGAUUACGAUAUAAUAAUAGUAACAAUAAACUAUCGACUAGGACUAUUUGGAUUUUUAACAACGCUUGAUGAAAAUAUACCCGGCAAUUUGGGACUCAAAGACCAACUUUUGGCUCUUAAAUGGACAUAUGAUCAUAUUACUCGAUUUGGGGGAGAUCCUAAGAAAAUAACAGUGGGUGGAGAAAGUGCUGGAAGUAUGUCUGCUGGAUUUCAUUUGCUUAGUAAAGCAGCUAGAGGCUUAAUUACUGGCAUUAUUCAACAAAGUGGGUCACCAUUAUCCAGUGUUCUGCAUCCAACAAACGACAGAGAACUGGCAUUUGAAUUUGGAAAAUCGUUAAAUAAAUCAUUCACAUCAACCAAAUCAAGUGAUUUGUUAGAAUUAUUACAACAAGCUUCGUACUCAGAAUUAAUGGCUCUAAAUAAUAAGUUUACUUCUGGAAGAGGAGUAGGAUUUAUGGAUGCCUUGACGUUUAAACCUGUUAUCGAGGAUGACAAUGAUGAUGCUUUUAUUACCGAAACCAUGCAUAAUGCUGUAUUGGAAGGUCAUUUCAAUUUAGUUCCUAUUUUAAUCGGUUUCAAUUCUGAAGAAUCUCUGAUGUUCUUAGAAAUAACUAAUAAUACACUCGUUGAAGAAAGGGCCAAAUUUCUCGAUGAGUGUUCAGCAAACCUCGUAUCACAAUUCCUUAAUGUAGCCGAAGAAGAUAAGGAGAAACUUGGUACAAUUUUAAAAACAUUUUACAGCUGUUCUUCGUUUACAGAAGAUAAAAAUGCAUUAAUAAAGUAUACUAGUGAUGAAAUUUUUAUUCGAUCAACAAUACGUCAAGCUGAAGCUGCCUCCCGAUAUGUACCUGUGUACCUUUAUGAACUAACAUGGUUACCAGAUGACAGUACUCUCCUAGGAGUACCACAUGGAACAGAACUAUGGUAUUUGUGGGACGGAAUAUCACUUGGUCCAGUUAAUGAAAUCUUUCGAAAACCUUUACUAAAAUGGUGGACAAAUUUUAUUAAAUACCAAAAUCCCACUCCAAAGUCGGAUGGAGAACUUCAAAACAUAAUUUGGGCAGAAGUACAACCCGAUUCUGUGAAAUAUUUAGACAUAAAUUCGCAGUUUACAGUGAAAGAAAAUCCUAGACAUUAUUAUGAUUUUAAAAAUCUAUUUGAUCUUUACACCCGUUCACCCUAUAUAACGUAUUAGACUCUAGAGUAAUAAAUAUUGUUAUUUAUUAAAAUAAAUAUGCAAAAACAAUA